GAAAAAUUUGAGCUUCGCUGGCGCCUAACUUUUGCUGUGAGGUUGGCAAGCAAAGAGCUCACAUGGCUUUCACUUGAAUCAUUCAUAAAACAGGUAUCAGAAAAGCAAAAAGAAAGUUGAAAAGAAAAGAGAGAAGAGAAGAAGAAGAAGAAGAAGAAUCAAGAACCAAGUUGAAAGUGACUUACCCUUUUCUUUUCUUUAAAUCACUGCUGUUAAUGAGCUCUUUUGUCAUCAUGGACAUGUCCAAUAACUAUAAGAGAAGAGCUUUGCUCAAAGUCAUUGUUCUUGGUGACAGUGGGGUUGGCAAGACUUCAUUGAUGAACCAAUAUGUAUAUAAGAAGUUUAGUCAACAGUACAAAGCAACUAUUGGUGCUGAUUUUGUCACCAAGGAACUACAGCUUGAGGAGAAGGUGGUGACCUUGCAAAUAUGGGAUACAGCAGGGCAGGAGAGAUUUCAGAGUUUAGGAUCGGCAUUUUACAGAGGGGCUGAUUGCUGUGUUCUAGUAUAUGAUGUAAAUGUACAGAAAUCAUUUGAAACACUUAACAAUUGGCAUGAAGAGUUUAUCAAACAGGCAGAUCCAAUUUAUCCUGACGCGUUCCCAUUUAUAUUACUCGGAAACAAGAUAGACAUAGAUGGUGGAAACAGCCGAGUGGUUUCAGAGAAAAAAGCAAGAGAGUGGUGUGCUUCAAAUGGAGGUAUACCAUACUUCGAGACCUCAGCAAAAGAGGAUUAUGGUGUUGAUGAAGCAUUUCUAUGCGUUGCGAAAACUGCACUAGAUAGUGAACCUGAACAUGACAUCUACUUCCAGGGCAUAUCAGAAAGUGUUUCAGAAGUUGAGCAAAGAGGAGGCUGUGCAUGCUGAUGAAAUUAAAGGAUCAAAUGCAUUACAAUUUCAUUUUUUUAUCAUUGGUUUAAUUCUUUUAUUAUUAUUAUUAUUUAUUAGUAAAAAGAAUUUUAUUAAGAUUGUGUUUUAUGUAAUUAGCAUUUAGCAUUUCAACCAUCUGACAGGUGAAUUGUUUAAUUGUUAACUCAAGAGAAUCAAAUUCAUGUGAGACUCAACCUGAAAUAAUCCAACAUUAUCUGUAUUAACAUUUAUGAUCUCUUAACUAGACCAGAGCAUUGAUCAGCAGCUGUUGAUUGAUGGGUCGGCAAAGCAUACUGAAGGUGCAAUAGCAAUUAUGCAAAUACAGCCUACUGUAAUCAAUAUAUGACAUGAUUGACAUGGAACCAAUAAAACCCAAUUCAGAUUUCCUCAAGAUUGAAUGUUAACAUGAAAGCACUUAACCAAAAGAAACAUAUUGCAAAUUUUCCUGGCAGCUUCAAUUGAAUUUGCAUCUUGAUUUUCAGAAUUGAAAUUGGAGUUAUUUAUGGUCAGAUAGCAUCUGCAAUCUCUCUGGAGCUGUAUGCCCCAUUCGCUGAUAGCUUGUCAUUAUGAGAACGCACAACCUUUAUUGGUGGACCCUCCUCUUGGUGAGCUAAAUCAUGCUGUUGUAUUGCAAGGACUGAAGAAACGAUACCCUUCUCUGAUGAUGCCAACACAUCUCCAAUAGGUCCCAACUCCGGGUGCUCAGUUGGGUGGUCCGCCAGUUCCGCCACCUUAGUUGAUGGAAAUCGUCCUUUUCCAAUAACAAUAAGAUCAUGAUCCCUGCUUCUCCACAUUGCUAAUACCCUUUAUACAAUGUUGCUGUCUAUCUUCUCUAUGUACUCUAUCACCCCAUCCCACUUGCUUAGAAAUUCUGCCAAUGCAAUGUCAUCCAAUUCCUAAUACGUUUCAAAAAUCAAAGUAAUUAUGCAUGUUAAAGCAUUGCCGAUGGUUAGAACUUAGUAGAAUCCAUUACUUCUGCUAAAACUUGAUGUUGGCAACAAAUAUAAACAUACGAAAAUGAGUGAAGAGGGCUUGCCUUUUCCUUGUCUGAGUUUAUUGUAGCAAUGGAAAAGCUAUAUCUCUGCAGUUGUGUACUCUUGGAUUAUGAAGAAGAGGGUUGUUACAUAUGAGCUUUACUUUGUGAUA